UGUUCUUUUGUGUGUGUCUCUGUAAAAGACUUUCUCCAUAGAGAGGUCAGCUGGAGACUCUCCUCACUGUUUUUACUCUGCUCUCAUUCACAUAGCGGCUGAAGGCUGAAGGACAAGCGGAAAGAGAAAAUCCUUGAGGCUUCGUCAAACACUGGAGUGAGUGUUCACAGAGAGCAGCAUUUCCAGUGUCCAGCUGUGUGUGGAGAGUAAAACUACAGUGAUGGAGCUUCAUCGCUCCAGCAGUGGAGGAAGAACCUCUGAUUCAAAAAUGAAGCAUGCAGGAUCUCCAAAACCCAGCCGUGAGUCUAUGAAGAGUGAGCGGUCCAUGAGAGACUUUCCUAAUUUCAGCAGAGAAGGAGGAGAACCCAGCUGUGUGUCUAUGAAGAGUGACCGGUCCAUAAGAGACUUUCCUAAUUUCAGCAAAGGAGAAGGAGAACCCAGCUGUGUGUCUAUGAAGAGUGAGCGGUCCAUAAGAGACUUUCCUAAUUUCAGCAAAGGAGAAGGAGAACCCAGCUGUGUGUCUAUGAAGAGUGACCGGUCCAUAAGAGACUUUCCUAAUUUCAGCAGAGAAGGCGAAGAAGAACCCAGCUGUGUGUCUAUGAAGAGUGACCGGUCCAUAAGAGACUUUCCUAAUUUCAGCAGAGAAGGCGAAGAAGAACCCAGCUGUGUGUCUAUGAAGAGUGACCAGUCCAUAAGAGACUUUCCUAAUUUCAGCAGAGAAGGCGAAGAAGAACCCAGCUGUGUGUCUAUGAAAAGUGAGCGGUCCAUGAGAGACUUUCCUAAUUUCAGCAAAGGAGAAGGAGAACCCAGCUGUGUGUCUAUGAAGAGUGAGCGGUCCAUAAGAGACUUUCCUAAUUUCAGCAAAGGAGAAGGAGAACCCAGCUGUGUGUCUAUGAAGAGUGACCGGUCCAUAAGAGACUUUCCUAAUUUCAGCAGAGAAGGUGAAGAAGAACCCAGCUGUGUGUCUAUGAAGAGUGACCGGUCCAUAAGAGACUUUCCUAAUUUCAGCAGAGAAGGCGAAGAAGAACCCAGCUGUGUGUCUAUGAAGAGUGAGCGGUCCAUAAGAGACUUUCCUAAUUUCAGCAAAGGAGAAGGCGAACCCAGCUGUGUGUCUAUGAAGAGUGACCGGUCCAUGAUGUUACCAGCACAGUCCAGUAGAGGGAGAGGAACCUCUGACUCAUGCCAGCACUCCACAGUGGAUGAUGUCCUUCACAGAGUCUUGAAGAGACACAAAACCUGCAUAAAAAACAAGAAUGAGAACUUAUUUGAAGGAAUAAAAACAGAAAAGAAUAAAACCCUGCUGAACGGGAUUUACACACAACUCUACAUCAUAGAGGGAGAGAGUGAAGGAGUGAAUGAAGAACAUGAGGUUUUACAGAUGGUGAAAAUAUCCAGGAAACAUUUACACGACUCCCCAAUCAACUGCUUAGACAUCUUUAAACCUCUACAAGGUCCUGAAGGAGAAACACAAGAAGAGAGCAUUAUAGCUGAGAUGAGUAAAGCUCACAAACAGAAAGAAGGAAAAGAAGAUAACAGACCAAAAGUGACAGAGCUCAGAAGUGUGCUGACUAAAGGCAUCGCUGGAAUUGGAAAAACUGUCUCUGUGCAAAAGUUCAUUCUGGACUGGUCUGAAGGAAAAGCCAAUCAGGAUGUAGAUUUCAUGUUUGUGCUUCCGUUCCGGGAACUGAACUUGAUUAAAGAUGAUCGAUACAGUCUUCAUGGACUUCUGUGUGACUUCCAUCCUGAGCUCAAAGAUCUGGACCCAAAGACUUAUGAUCAGCUCAAAGCUGUGUUUAUAUUUGAUGGUCUGGAUGAAAGCAGAAUUCAGCUGAACUUUGAACAGUGUGAGAAAGUAUCUAACAUCACCAUGACAUCAUCAGUGGGUGUGUUGAUGACGAGCCUCUUCAAAGGAGAGCUGCUUCCCUCUGCUCUAAUCUGGAUAACCUCUCGACCAGCAGCAGCCAAUCAGAUCCCUCCUAAAUACAUCAACCGUGUCACAGAAAUUCAGGGAUUCAGUGACCCACAGAAGGAGGAGUACCUCAGGAAGAGAAUCAGUGAUGAAGACCAAGCCGAGAGAAUCAUCUCCCACAUUAAGACAGUGAGGAGCCUCCACAUCAUGUGUCACAUUCCAGUCUUCUGCUGGAUCUCAGCCACUGUUCUUCAGCAAAUCAUGAAACAGCGUAAUACAGAAAUCCCUAAAACUCUGACUGAAAUGUACUCACACUUCCUGAUCACUCAGACCAACAUGAAGAACAAGAAGUAUGAGGAGAAAGAUGAGAGCGACCCAAAGAAUCUGCUGGAAUUCAACAGAACCGUUCUUCUGAAACUGGCUGAACUGGCUUUCAAACAGCUGAUGAAGGGCAAUGUGAUGUUCUAUGAAGAGGACCUGAAAGAGAGCAGCAUUGAUGUCACCGAGGCCUCAGUGUUUUCUGGAAUUUUCACUGAGAUCUUUAGGGAGGAAUGCAUGCUUUACCAGAGAAAGGUCUACUGCUUUGUUCAUCUGAGCUUUCAGGAAUUCCUGGCUGCUGUUUAUGUGUUUCUCUGCUAUGAGAGCAGAAACAUGGAGGAACUGCAAUGCUUUAUCCCACAGUACAGAUGGUUGCAUAAUAAUGUUCCUCUGGAUGAACUGCUAAUGGCAGCAAUUAAUAAAGCUAUAAAGAGUCAGAAUGGACACCUGGAUCUUUUCAUCCGUUUCCUGCUGGGCAUCUCAGUGGAGUCCAAUCAGAGACUCAUACAGGGUCUACUGACAACAACACAGAGCAGCUCAGAGAGAACCAGCGAGCACAUCAAGAGUUUAAUCAAAGAUGAUAAACAAUAUCCCGUCUCCACUGAUAGAUCCAUCAAUCUGUUCCUCUGUCUGUCUGAAAUGAAUGACCAGUCUCUCUCCACAGAGAUUCAGGAGUAUCUAAAAUCAGAGAAACUCUCAGUGGUGAAACUCUCUCCUGGACAGUGUUCAGCACUAGCCUGCAUGUUUCUGACCUCAGAGGAGGCUCUGGAUGAGCUGGACCUGAAGAAAUACAACACAUCAGAGGAGGGUUAUAGGAGACUGAUCCCAGCUCUGACUGUCUGCAGAAAAGCUCGAUUAAAUGGCUGUUAUAUCAAUAAGGACUCAUGUGAAGCUCUCUGUUCAACUCUACAAUCUGUGAACUCCUCUCUGAAAGAUCUGGACCUUAGUAACAAUGACCUGCAGGAUUCAGGAGUAAAGCAGCUCUCAGCAGGACUGAAGAACUUCCACUGUAACCUGGAGAUACUCAGACUGUCUGGUUGUAUGAUUACAGAUGAAGGCUGUUCUUCUUUGGCUUUAGCUCUGAAAUCAAACCCCUCCCACCUGAGAGAACUGGAUCUGACCUAUAAUCAUCCAGGAGAGUCUGGAGUGAAGCUGCUGUCUGAUCUACUGGAGGAUCCACACUGUAAACUGGAGAAACUACGACUAGCUGAUUGUAAUCUCACUGCAAUGUCCUGUGAAAAACUGUCAUCAGCUCUACAUUUAGUUAAUUCCUCCCUUAAAGAGCUGGACCUCAGUAACAAUGACCUGCAGGAUUCAGGAGUGGAGCUGCUGUCUGCUGGACUGAAGAGUUCACACUGUAAACUGGAGAGACUCAGACUUGCUAUAUGUAAUCUCACCACAACAUCCUGUAAAAAACUGUCAUCAGCUCUACAAAAAGUAAACUCCUCCCUUAAAGAACUGGACCUCAGUAACAAUGACCUGCAAGAUUCAGGAGUGGAGCUGCUGUCUGCUGGACUGAAGAGUUCACACUGUAAACUGGAGAUACUCAGAUUGUCUGGUUGUAUGAUUACAGAAGAAGGCUGUUCUUCUUUGGCUUCAGCUCUGAAAUCAAACCCCUCUCACCUGAGAGAACUGGAUCUGACCUAUAAUCACCCAAGAGAGUCUGGAGUGAAGCUUCUCUGUGAUCUACUGGAGGAUCCACACUACACACUGGAGAAACUACAGGUGGAUCAUGGAGGGAAGAUCAGGAUGAAACCAGGACUAAAGAAAUAUGUGUGUGAUCUCACUCUGGAUCCAAACACAGUGAACAGUGAACUCUAUCUAUAUAAGAGUAACAAAAAGGUGGAGUGGGUAUGGAAGGAUCAGCGUUAUCCAGGUCAUCCAGACAGAUUUGAUGUCUGGUCUCAGGUUCUGAGUGUGGAGAGUCUGACUGGACGCUAUUACUGGGAGGUUCAGUGGAGUGAAGGAGUUGAAAUAUCAGUAUCAUACAGAGGAAUCAGGAGGAAAGGAGGCAGAGAUGACUGUGGGUUUGGAUUUAAUAAUCAGUCAUGGAGUCUGAACUGCAUCACAAACAGUUACUCUGUCUGGCACAAUAAAAAAAGAACUGACCUACCUGCCCUCCCCUCCCCCUCUAACAGAUUAGGAGUGUAUCUGGACUGGGAGUCUGGCACUCUGUCCUUCUACACCAUCUCCCCUAACACACACACACUAACCCACCUACACACAUUCACCACCACAUUCACUGAGCCACUCUACGCUGGGUUUGGAGUUUAUUAUACUCAUUCCUCAGUGAGUCUUUGUGAGAUAGAAUAA